UAAAGUUCAAACCCUAUUCAACUACAGAGUCCGGUAUAUAACCACCUCACUCUCACUUUUCUUUUCAUAUUUUUCAGAUUCACAUUUUUUAGGGUUUCAAAGAUGAGUGGCCAAAAGAAGACAGGCAAGGUGAAGUGGUACAAUGACCAAAAGGGCUUCGGCUUUAUAACGCCGGACGACGGCAGCGAAGAUCUCUUCGUCCACCAGUCUUCCAUCCGAAGCGACGGCUUCCGCAGCCUCGGCGAGGGCGAAGAUGUCGAGUAUCACAUCGAACAGUCCGAUGAUGGCCGUAGUAAGGCUGCUGAUGUCACCGGCCCCGACGGUAGCGCUGUUCAGGGCGGUCGAGGAGGCGGUAGAGGGGGUCGUAGCUCUGGUGGAUAUGGAGAUGGUGGCUAUGGAGGUGGAGGUGGAUAUGGUGGCGGUGGUGGUUAUGGUGGCGGUGGUGGCCGAGGGAGAUCCAGCGGCGGAUAUGGAGGUUCUGGAGGUGGCUAUGGAGGUGGAUAUGGGGGUGGUGGUGGAGGCGGAGGCCGUGGUGGUGGAUGUUAUUCUUGUGGUCAGCCAGGUCAUACUGCUAGGGAUUGUUCUCAAGGAGGCGGCGGCGGUGGCGGGAGAUAUAGCAGUGGAGGUGGUGGUGGUGGAGGCGGCAUGAGCUGCUAUGGCUGUGGCGGAUCUGGUCAUUUUGCCAGGGAUUGCCCUAACAGUGGGCGUUAGUUUUUUAGGGUUUAACGAGGGGCAAAUUUGUAAAAUGUGAUAGGUUUGUUGGUUUAGUCACAUUUUACCUAUAUCAUGUUAUUUUAUUUUGAAAAAAUUGCUGUUAUCUUUAGGUUGAAAUUGUUAUUUUUAUAAUUUAAGAAUUUAUUUUUUGUCUUCUGAA